AUGUCGUCCACAACCCUCGCGCCCUACAAAGCCGACUUCCUCAAAGCAGCGACCGAGGGCGGGGUCCUCAAAUUCGGCAGCUUCGAACUGAAAUCCAAGCGCAUCUCGCCGUACUUCUUCAACGCGGGGGAUUUCUACAGCGCCAAGCUGAUCCGCGCAGUGUCAACGGCCUAUGCAAAGACGCUCAUCGAGAACCCUUCUAUCGAAUUCGAUAUCGUGUACGGACCGGCGUAUAAAGGCAUCCCGUUGGCGACGCACACAGCGGAGAAACUGGGGGAUCUGCAGCCGGAGAAAUACGAUAAUGUGCUGUAUGCGUUUGAUCGCAAGGAGGCCAAGGACCACGGCGAAGGGGGGAAUAUAGUGGGUGCGCCGUUGAAAGGGAAGCGGGUUUUGAUUGUGGAUGAUGUGGUCACGGCGGGCACGGCCAAGCGGGAAGCGAUUGUCAAGAUUCGCAAGGAGGGGGGGAUUGUGGUUGGGAUACUGGUCGCGUUGGAUCGCAUGGAGAAGCUGCCGAGUCCGGAUGGGGAUGACAGCAAGCCGAUGCCGAGCGCGAUUGGGGAGAUGAGAAAGGAGUUUGGGUUCCCGAUAUUGAGUAUCUUGACGCUGGAUGAUGUUAUUGGGGGACUGAAGGGCAUUGGGAGCGAAGAGGAUGCGAAACGGAUGGAGGAGUAUAGGGCCAAGUACAAGGCUAGUGAUUAG